GCUGACGUUCUGAGGAGGGUUACAAUGCGCGUGCCGUACCCCAAAGCAGUUAACGUCUUUCUGCAACGGUUGACGUUAGUCAUUGCAAUGAGGGACAAGGCUGCAGUUUUCGUGCUACUUUUGCUUUGAAUGUGUCUUUUACAGGUAUGGACAUGGAGUCAAUCUUAAUUAAUGUAACAUUUCAGUAAAUUGUUGAUGCUUUCAGGACUAAAUUGGCUUUUACGCUUAGUUGUUUCUCUUCGUGUGAGGGUGCAAGCAGUGGGUAGCUAGCUCAUGCUAAAGCUAGAGACAGUCCAAGUAAACGCAUUGCAGUAAUGUGACACUCCGCAAUGGCAAUACAAGUCACAGUAACCGUGUCGUUGGGGAGUUUUUUUCUACCACACACAUUUGAAACGAUUCAAUCUUAACACCUCUUGUUCCUGAAUGUCAGGUCCUAGAAGCGUGUCGGAGUCAGAUGGUUUGACACUUUAUCCGAGAUGUUUUUUUUAGUGGCAUUACUCCUUUAACUCCAUGCUGAGAAGACAAAAGUUAGUCUAUGGGCAUUUUAUAUUGUUGUCAUUUCAGUCUAUAUUCUGGGAUUUAUCACAUUGAAAUGUUCAAAAUUUGGGUUAGAUUUUUUUUUUCUUCUUUCUAUUGAUAAAUUAAUACAAGUUAGACUACAUUGGCAGUCAACCAUAAAUGUCAACUUCAAACAGCUUUACUUGGCUGUGUCCAAUAUCAGCCUGUUUUUAGAGAUGCAGUUAGACAUCAGCUGACAGAGUCUAAAAAAGUUAAUCAGAUAUGAACUUUGUUGCUGACACAAAUGGCUGAUAAGUUCAUUCAUUGUUUAUGCGCAUGGGUUAAUAGCGCAUCAAUGCCAACCAUGAGUUUUAAUAUAAAUAGUGUGUAGAAGUAUUUCCAGCAAAAUGGACAUUCAAAAGGCUUGACAGGUGAUGUGAGGAGGAGCAAAACAUUCUAGGACUUUAAAAUAAGCUGCAACUCCAGCAUCUUGAAAAGCUGAAAUUAAGAAAUGUUUUUCUACAGUUGUUACAGAGUUCUUCCUUUAUUUUUCAGACUGACACUCACUGUAAAGGAGGAUGGAUCCUGUCGUGUUGAGCUACCACGACAGCCUGUUGCGCCGCUCUGAUGUGUCCUUACUGGAGGGACCUUAUUGGCUCAAUGACCAGGUCAUUGGUUUUGCCUUUGAGUAUUUUGCUGCUGAGCGCUUUAGAGUCCUUGGAAAGACCAUCACUUUCAUCAGCCCAGAGGUCACCCAGUUCAUCAAGUGCGCCUCCUGCCUUGAUGAAUUAGCUAUAUUUCUGGAGCCGCUGGAUCUUGCUUCUCGUCACUGGGUCUUCCUCGCUGUGAACGACAACUCCAACCAGACUGCUGGGGGAUCCCACUGGAGCCUUCUGGUCUACCAUCACAACACCAACCACUUCGCUCACUAUGACUCUCAAAACGGCAGCAAUUCUUUGCACGCACGGCGCAUUGCCAGCAAGUUAGAGCCUUUUUUGGGUACUGGGAGAAAAGCUCUGUUUGUGGAGGAGCCUUGUCCAUCACAGCAGAACAGUUAUGACUGUGGUAUGUAUGUUAUCUGUAUUGCUGAGGCCUUAUGUGAGAAGAUCAGGGUAGAGGGCUCACCUCGUCUUCCAGUGCAGAUCAUCACCCCGGCCUACAUCACCCAGAAGAGGGCUGAAUGGUGCAGACUGAUCCAGAGUCUAACUCAGACUGACCUCUGCUGCGCUCUGUCUUUCCCUUAGCACGUUGAUCUCUCUUCAUUAUAUGCGGAGCAGCUUCUACAUAUCUACUGCUGGAGCAUCUGAAUGCACCCCAUGAAUUCAGUAUAUAACUACAUAUGAUGAAAUAUAUUUCUAUUGCAGCCUGCUGCAUUAUCAAAAAAGUUUGAAAAUAUAAAGCAAUGUGGAAUCUUUAUUGAUGAAUUGACCAUUUGGUGUUAUGUUUAUUCCUUAUUUAUGCACAGCAAAAUACAAUAUUUAAACAAGAACACCAGCAUGCCUAUAAAAGGAAUUUGCUCUGAGUUCAUCUUUACUGAGUGACUGAGAAUAUUUCAUUUGGAGGAGGAGGAAGCACAGACUUUUCUUUUCUCCAUCGUUUAGGUUUGGAGCGAAUGUAGAAAUGUUUACACAGAUUAUUGCUCAGGGUCAUUUUAGAUGAACUAAGAUUGACAAUAAGAAUGUGUAUUUUGCUCCUUUUUUCUUUCGGAUCUGUUUCAGUCUGUUUUAUCUGUUUGAGCUUUGGUGAUGUCCACUGCUUCAAAUUUUGAGUUUUUUUUUUAAUGAGCAUCAAGAAUAUUGUGUCCAUACAGAAGGAUGACAAUGCCCCUAUUUGUAUAAUACAAUAACCCCCUCCACACACACACAAACAUGUUGGGACACCAAUCCAGAAGAAAAAAAAAUAAUUGAAUGGUAUAAAUAUAUAUAUUUACACACAUAUAUAUAAAUAUACUGUAUAUAUAUUACAUAUAUACAGAUUCUCACACACAUAUACACAUAUGAGUGUGUUUAACAAAAUUAAGCACAUACAUGAGUUUGCCAACACUGAAGCUGUGCCCAAAACAGGAAGAUAAGGUUCACAUGGAUUUGAUCACAAUCACAAACACAGGUUGGGUGCUAAGUGAUUAUUAAGUGGGCACAGUUUUAAGUUUCCCUAAAUGCUUCAACACCGGAUCCCAGACAGACAGAAAAGUCUAUAGAACCCCUGAGAGUAUGUUUUAUCUUCUCUUAAAUGUAUGAAUUGUGUCAGGUCACUAAACCACACAGAUACUUAGGGUGGGUUUUUUGAUUUCCGAUGUAAUAAAAUUCUUCUACGUGCAAGAAGUGUUGUAAAAGCAA